GCGGAUCCAGGGGGGGGGCACUGGUGGCAAGUGCCAUCCCCGUUAGAAAAAAAAAUAAAAAUUUUAGUAUCGAAGUCUACGUAUCGUCGGAAAUGUAUAAAAAUAAAAUAUUUAUAAACACUACGAAUGCGACCAUACUACUAAUUACUAUGUGAUCAUUGUUCUUUAUCUAGGCUCGGUGCCCGCCGCUCUGUAGUCGGUACACACUACACAGUACACACGUUACACGCGCGUUAUCGUAAUCCCGUUCGUUAUACCUAUAUCUAAUUGACCGAUACGGGCAUACGGCGAUACACAUGCGUUCCCCGGUCACCAUCACCGCACGUUAUCAUACGGCCCGUACGACUGUAUGAGCCAAAAAUAAUUCCGAUAACUCAAUGUCAAAAUAUCAUAACCACGAUUAUACAAAUUAUUAUGAUACGGCUUUAUUUCCUGACGACGAGUCAAUGACGACGGCCGCUGAGUGUGACUACAACGGUUUCAUUUCAUCUUUGAACUUUAUAUUUGGUAAAUAUACUAUUUAUAAUAAUUAAAAUAGAACCAAUUAUUGGUAAAAAUAUACUGCAUAUAAUUUGAAAAUGCAGAGAAAAAGAAACGCAAGCAAUUACGAUCUUCUGAAAUUUUUCAAAAAAAAUAAAACUAUGGACACUUUUAGUGAUACAGUGUCUAAUUCUUCUGAACCAACUGAAUCAAAAAAAAAUGAAACAGAAAAUUCCAUACAUUCAUCACCUUCCAAUUCGAUGAUAAUUACUUAUGACAUAGGUUUAUUUCUGAAUCUGAACACAUGUGUCGAUGAUCAUACACGUUAUAAUUUUUUAAAAAAUCAUUGGAAUCCUCCAAAAGAUUUUAAAUUCCCUUAUUCCAUUGAAAAUCGUGAUGGAAAAGAAAUACGUCGAUAUUUAAGUCAAAAGCAUCUUGAUUUAUAUCCAUGGACUGUUUUUUCUGAAAAUCAAAAAGGCUUGUUUUGCAAAUAUUGUAGUUUAUUCUAUUUUAAAGGACAUGGUACUGGUAAUAAAAAUGCUAUGCCUCUAGGUAUACUUGUCACUAAGCCUAUGGUGAAAUUUAAAAACUUAUUGGGAAAUUCGGGAGAUUUGAAUAGUCAUCAAAAUACAAAAUACCACAGGGAAGCUGUUUUGAAAUCUAAAGAUUUUAUAAAUAAUUAUGAAAAUCCGGAAAAAAAAAUCAUUAACUUAGUAAGUACUCAACGUAUGAGAACAGUUGACGAAAAUAGGAAAAGAAUACGUCCCAUUAUUCAGACACUUUUAUUUUUAGCAAGACAAAAUAUUGCCCUCCGUGGUCAUAGAGAUGAUGGAAAUUUAAUUGAUAAUAUGGAUUCAAAUCAAAAUUCCAUUGUAGGAAAUGAAGGAAAUUUUAGAGAACUGUUAAAAUUUAGAAUUGAGUCUGGGGAUAUCGAAUUAAAAAGACAUUUUGAGAUAUCUAAUUCAAAUGCGACGUAUAUAAGUAAAACUUCACAAAAUGAAAUUUUAUCCGUAAUAAGUGAUAUUAUAAUAGAAAAUAUUUUGAAAAAAAUUUCCAGUUCUACCUUCUAUAGCAUCAUGUUUGAUGAAACUACGGACAUGAGUCAUACGUCUCAAUUGUGUUUGGUUAUAAGAUACGUUUAUAAUAAUUCUAUACAAGAAGACUUUAUCACUUUUAUCGAUCCACAUAAAGAAAAUUUUGAUGCUAUUAAUACUGAGCCUAAAUUAAGUGGUGAAGUUCUUGGUAAAACAGUCUUAAAAAUCAUGAAGAAACUUGGAUUAGUUUUGAAAAAUUGUGUAGGUAUAUCAACAGAUGGGUGCAGUGUAAUGUCUUCUAAAAUUUGUGGAGCUGUUCGAACUAUUCAAAAUGAAAUUCCGGGAGCUAUUUGGUGUCCGUGUUUUAAUCAUAACUUAAAUUUAUCUAUAGCUAAAGGUUGUCAAAUUCAAUCGAUCCGUAAUGCAUUUGGUCAAAUCAAAGAAAUUGUACAUUUUUUUAAUUCAAGUUCAAAACGUAACUUUGUGUUAAAAUCAUGUUUGCAUGCUGCAUUACAUUCUUUAUGUGAAACUCGUUGGAUUGAAAGGCAUACAGCGGUUUUACAGUUUUUAACUGGCUUGCCUAAAAUUCUUGAAUCUUUAAAUGAUAUUGCUAAUUGGGAUGAACGCGAAUCGUCAAGUAAGGCAAAGUUGCUUUAUAACUCAAUAGAUUGUGAAUUUAUUAUAACUCUUUUCGUAACGUCAUCAAUAUUUUCAAUUACAUUGCCAUUAAGCACUAUUCUUCAGAAAAAAAGUUUCGAUAAGAAAUCUGCAAACGAUGCUAUUAAAACUACCGUUAAAACGUUAAAAUCACUUCGUCAAAAUUGUGAAACAAACUUUCAAGAAAUUUUUUUAAAAGCCAGUAAACAAAUGGAAGAUCUUCAUAUACCAAUAUUAAAACCAAGAACAGUAAAGAAACAAAUUAACAGAGUAAAUUAUUCAACUGACUCAGUAGAAGAUUAUUUCCGUGUAGCUAUAUAUAAUUCAUUCCUUGAUUUUAUAAUAAAUGAUAUAAACGAUCGUUUUACCGAAGAAACUCUAAGUAUAUUUAGUUUGGGGAUAUUUAUUCCUCAAGUACCUAUGUCUCAAUCCCUUGAAUAUUUUGAAUAUAAUUUACGUAUAAUUUGGAAACAGUUUGGCAAUGUCGAAGAAAUGAGCAAACGAAUUGUGAAUGAAGAAGAUUUCAUUAUUAAAUUAAAAGGAGAAUUACAGUGGUGGAACCAACAGUGGAAAGAUAAAAAUUCUGACAUACCAAAUUCAGCUUUAGAUACUCUGAUAAAAUGUGAUAAAGAAAUAUUUCCACUUAUUAAUAUGUGUCUCACAGUUUUGACUACUUUACCAGUUAGUGUUGCUUCGGCAGAAAGGAGUUUUUCGUCACUUAGAAGGAUUAAGACAUGGAUGCGUUGUAGGAUGUCAGAAGACAGAUUAUCAGAUUUGGCCGUUAUUCAUGCGCACAAAAAAGAAGAUAUUGACAUAGAUACUGUGAUUGACAGAUUAUCGAAAACAAAGAAUAGAAAAUUAGAUUUUAUUUUAUAAAUGUAAUAAAAGCAUUAAGUUAAGUUCCAU